UGUAAGGUUAGAAUGUUGUUUGAAUGUAGAAUAGAGAUUUAUUUUUAUGAGUUUUUAGUUAAUAUUUGAAUACCUUAAAUAUUGCAAACAAAAUGGGCAAAUUUCUAGAAACCAGGUAUUCGAAUGUUCAGCAACGUGUGGUUAAAAAGGCUUCUAAAGCCGUUAGUAAGCUGCAAAAGGAUUUUUCUCAAAAAGAUGAGGUUAGGAGUUAUUCGUUUCAAAAAAUCAAGCGAAAGAUUGGUAAACUCUCUUCAAAUUUGGAACCUCCGGAGAAAAAGAACAAAAUACAACACGAGGAAAGCGGUAAUACUAUAGAAUCUCGAAGCGUGAACGCUAUUUUUAAAACGAACGUUAAAAAUGAUUAUGUGCACCUUGAGAUAGAUAAGGAAAUUGAUAUAUUUUGUGAUGAUGAAUUAAGAUCGAUUUACACGCUUUACACAAAAUUUAACUUCCUGUUUCAUAUUUAUGACGAAAUUUGCCUAGAAGGGUUAGAUGGUAUAACAAUUGAAGCGCUUUGGAAAAGAAUAAGCAUUGCUUUGAAGUAUCCAACAUAUCUGGAUAUUAUUAAAUCCUUAGUAUGGAAAAUCAUUUGUUUGAAUACAAAAAUAAAGUUUUAUAAACUUCCAAUGCCAAGAAAGGAGUUGGCAAUACACAAUAGGCAUAUAAAUCUAGAACUUGGCAUUAUUAUAGAUAAGGCAAUGCCAGAUAUUUAUGAGCACGCAAAUAUUAAUGGAAAAUUGAAAAACGUUCCAGAUAUGGGUUCUUGUGCCACAUACGAAACCAGAGAGGAUGUAACAGAACUAAUCCGUAGCUUGCCAUUAGCACAAACCUCUAAAAUGUAUCAAAAUGCUUUAGUGAUUGUUGCUGACCAAGAAUUGAGAAUCAAUGCUUUAUAUGAUGUACAUGUUGAUCCAAAUAUUGAAAUAUCCCCUAUAGGAUAUUGUGUGCUUGAGAGAAUUGGUAGAUCACGGGAGCUGGGGCAGCAUACACAAGGGGCAAACUCUUUAAGUACUUCUCUUAAUACCAAUGCUAAAUCUGUGUUUCAUUAUCAGAAAAAUUUGGUCAAUAAUGGUCUAAUUUCCAAACAAGUGCUUGUGAUAAAGUGUCCAAUCACAGGCCAAAAUAAAAAUGGUAGCUUGUUGCACUUAAUGAGAUUCUAUAACAAGAAAAAAUCAAAAAACUUGCUAAUUGCAGAAGCUAUUAUCAACAAAUUAAAGAAAAGCCCAGAUUAUAGAUUAGAGUAUAAUAAAUUAAAAGCAAUGUUUAACAUCGGUUAUGGCUUUAAAAAGGUUUUACGAAAUCCUGAACUUCGAAAGUACCUGAAUUUUGAUACCAUUCCAUAUAGGGAACUAUAUCCAGAUGCCAAGAAAUCUGAGUGGAUGUUGAAGAACAAAAAUCAGGAGAAGCAAUUAACAACUAUCUCACUUAAAGAUCCUUAUGUUAAUAUAUCAGCUUGUUGGUCAGAUGUUGGGCUUAAUGCCGAAUCCUCUGAUGAAGAAGACGAAAUUGAUGAUAGCGGUGAUUUGGGUAGUCGGACGUUAAAUAUAGAUGCUUUUAGGGAUGUGUAUAUGUAUAUUUUAUCCAAAGGUCCCGAAGGCAGCAAUACUAAAGAAAUAAGCUCACAUUUCGCCUUUGAUAAGUUCACUCUAAGAAGCAUUUUUAAAAAAUUGGUAACUCAGAAUGUGAUAGAUACCAAGCUCAAAGAUGUUGGCAAAGCUCGUCUCUUUGUAUAUUUUGCCACUAUAUAUUCGCGAAAAGCAGUAAAUGAACGACCAUUUCUAGACUUAAAGUUUGAAAUACCCGGAAGUUCCAGUAAUAGGAUUAUUGAGAGGCAAAAAUUGGGACUUAAACGGCUUUUGGAUUCCCAAGGAGAUUUGGGUUACAGUAAAAAACAGCACAUUGAAGAAAAUGCCUCUAAAUAUGUAAAACCAGAAUUUCUGCCAAUAAUUUUGAAUAGGCCUUCAGUAAUGUGUGAAUAUAUCGCCAAAACCUAUUCCAGCACGUUAAGUGUAGAUGCUUGGGAAGUGGAGCCUCCAACCAAAUUUAACUGCUUAAAGAAACCGUUCCCAGUUAGGUUGGUUUUUAUGGAGUUUGACGUAAACGAAAUAAAUAAUAUUAUUGACAUUUGGAUCACAUUCAACCCAAACAACAUAGAGGCACAAAAAAUAAUGUAUUGCGUAGGAGAGUGUUAUUCUAUUAAGAGAGAUGUAGAGUAUUUGACCGUAGGUUAUUUACUAAAGGCAUUUUUGGGAGAAAUACAAAUAAACAGCGCAGAGGUCUUAUCCGCAUUGAAUUCAAAUUGGGAUCAAGUUAAAGUGCCCAACAAACCACUCCAGAGGACAAAGUUUAAUAUUGGGGCACUACAAAAUUAUGAAGAAAAACUAGAUUACAUGGUCAAACCGGUAAAGGUUUUCCAAGAUAGGAGCGAUGAUAUAGACAUAGAAAUUUUGAUGUCGCUGCCGCCAAAAUCCUAUGUGUCUGGAAAUAUAACUAACUAUAAGCAUGCCGAUAAAAGUGUAACUGACAGAAUGAUGAAGAGGAUAUUGAUAGUGCUGGACGUUAUCAAUGAGACGCGGGUUUUCGAAGACUUACAAAAGAUGGUUAAAGUGAUUCAGGCUCGGGAACUCGAAGAGGGUUACAAGAAAAAAAUUGAUCGUAAAUGCUUAGCACGGCUGUAUCGAAAAUUAGUAUUAGAAGGAUAUAUCAAAAUCUACAAGGUCACAAUGAAUGACAAAACAACGACAAGGUCGCAAAUAUUUGUGUGCCAUCCCAGCAUAAGCUAUACCCAUUCAUAUAUCCAGUCUGUCAUAGAGCAAAUAAAAUUUAAAUUUUUUUCGAAAACCGACCAAUCUUUGUCUCUCGAAGUCAACGCGCUCAAGGAUAAGGUGAAAAUCGUUAGCACCCGGUCGCCAUUUAUCGAAGACGACGUACUGCAGAGCAUAUCGGAGAUAAGAAAACUGAAUCGCAUCAAAAUUAACAGCAUCAAAUCGAAAUAUCAUAAAACGGCUGGAAAAAACUAUGGAUACAAGCAAAAGUUUAUCAGAAUGAACAUACUGCAUGAGUUGCUCUUUUAUCUUAUCUACGAUUUGCCUGUAGGUACACAAAGAUUGACAGAUGCUGAGGUUUUGGAUUUAUUCCAUCAAUUUCAGAUCAAUCUGUCAAGUGAAGAUUUGAAAACGAUGCCGCCUAUAUAUUGCAAGGAAAUUUCAUGGAAAAUGUUUAUUCCGCCGUUACCCCUGCAUCUCGGGUGGGAGCAUGGAUGGGCGUUGCUUUGCGAUAUUAUCCUUAGGAUACCUUUCUCGAUAAUGCUGAAAAUACACAAUGUACCGUUUCAGUUGGAAGAAAUUACGGAAAUUCUUCAGCAUCCUAUUAAAAGGUACUAUAUGAUGAGGGACCAUCCGGAAACCGUUACAGCUGCGGUGAUGUAUAUGAGAAAGUACAUAUUCAACAUAUACGAGAUCGUAUGUCGUUUGGCAUACUGCGGUUUAGUGCAGUUUGGGCCUUCGCGAUACAAGCAAAAGGACCAAAUGUUUAUGUAUCUGAAUCGAAGGGCUAGUCUGCUAGACACCACCACUUCGGAGCAUGGAUACCACAAGGUGUCCGUUCAAGAAUACCGUAAAUUGGAGUUCUUUUUUAACUCGCUGAAUGACGUGAGUCAAUAUUGGUCAUCCAUGCACGAUAUAAGUGUACACACCAGGCUGAGUUCCAGGAAUAUAGUCAAAGGAAAAACGAUAACUUUAAUGGAUGUAACAUGUAAGCCCGACCUGAUGAGGGCUCUUUCGGCGAAAACGCCCGACGAAGUGUUGAAAUACGACAACGGCCACAUACCGGGCGAUCAGAGAGGCGCUGCCGGCAUAGACUCGUCCAUGUGGACUCACAUCUCCAAAAAUUGGUUCUGGAGUUAUUCGAACAGCAAAGAAGAUAACAAUUCAGUGAGCGGGUUGAAGGAAGAAAAACUGGAAAAAAUUCCGCCGCGAGUGGUAGGUUUCCAGGAGCUCUACGAACCGGUUCAAUCUACAAAAGUAUAUCUUCCUAAAGUAAAGGCUACUUUAGUAAAGGCAAACUUUAAGAUUGGUAAAAAUAAGAAAUGGCGACGACCGGUGUCGAAUAUAAAAUCAAAAGGUAGGCUGGCGCGGCGCAAAAGAGAAUAUUAUGAUUCCGUCGACAAGGCGAUAAUUAAAAAAAAUCCGCGCUUGAGGCUCACUGUCAAUUGGACCGAGGCCGAGGAUAGGGCGCUUUAUUUUAUAAAAUUCGCGACCAUGUUUAUAAGUCCUAAACCCCAUAAACAGUUAAUAUGGUACACGGUGAUCCGAGAUGUUCUACAUAGAAUGGUGCCUGUAGAUAGUGCAGAUAAGACUUCAAGGGCAUGUCAAAGACGUCUCAGGUUGUUAUUUAAGGACGAAAUCGAACAAGCGAAAAUGCAAGCGAAUGUAGCCAAUCUGCUUAAAUUAGGACCCGUUGCCGAAUAUUUUUCGGCUUUUGUUUCAUACUACUUUAACGGCGUCGACGCUGCGGGACGACGCUUCAAGCCAUCGGAAUCUGAAAUGCAGACUGCUUUUAUUUUCCUCAUGUCCUAUAUUGCGAGCCAUCAGAAAGAGGUGAGCAGAGCCAUGGAGGGCAGUUUGCAGAGCGUCGACCACUUCUCUCCGUUAAAUUUGCCGUACAGCGAAUCCAACUUGAUGCUGAUAGAAGAUUUGGUCCACAAAUUCAAAGACGCUUCAAAUUCGGAAGACAUCAACAAUGAUGUCGUCAAAUCGGUGAUCAUUAGCUCGUUGAGCAAUAAAAAUGACGAAACAGGUCCCGCCUUGCAAUUGUUCAAUAUUUAUCAAAAAUACAGCGAUGUAACGAUCAAAUCGGCCAUCCACGAGUUGAAGGAGGCUCAGGUCAUGUCGUACAAAAAACUCAGCAAUUUUAAACAUACAAUUCCAUAUCAGCUGUCUAGUUUCUACGUCUACACGCAUUCGACGACAUUCGCUUACUCUGACGUCGAAGAAGCGUUUGAUGUUUUCUGCCAAGCGAGACGAGGCGAGGUGACCGUUGGCGAAGAAGAUCUCGGCAGGUUGAUUGGACUGGCCGAGAUAAUUAGUUUUUGUUGGCCGCAAAUCAAGCCCAAGAUUAAUUUACCGCAUUACCCGAUGAUUCUUAAUCCGGACAUCGAUGAUCACAGUGAAGUGAUUGAGGAAUUGGCCAAACGGUAUUUAGUGAGGAGCAGCGGUAGCAAGGAAAGUGGCAAUACGGAGGUUUGGACCAACAAAUUGACAACAAGUGAGGUCAGCGUGAACGACGAAGAGUCGGAAUCGAUCGCUGAAGGCGCGGAAGAAAAUGCAGCAUUGAAGGAGGUGGAGGACGUCAGAGAGGUCGAGUUUGACGACGAUAUGGAUAUACCGUUGGAGUUUUCGUCUGACGACGACCUUGAAGGUAUCGCCGGUCUGAAGUCAUGGAUACACGAUUGCCUAGAUUCCAAUCGUGUGCGAAGUCCAAGCCCAGAACUGCUGAACUUUAAGCAAUCGACGAGUAAACAUGUCAGUAUGGAAGCUGACGAAUUGAAUGCAAAAGCAAACAGCAUAAAAGCUGAGCCCGGCUCAAUUUUGAACGUGGAAGAGGGCGAUUUCACAUUAGAAGAGAUCAUGGAAGGGAUGGUAAGGGAAACGGACGAAGCGGAAACAAGACGGGUGCCUUAUAUACUGGAUCUGACUGAUCUGUUGGAGGCUGAUCCUGCAGACUUGGAUGAGGUCAAGCUUAUGGAAAAAAUGAAGGCCCAUUUUGUGCCUCAAUUUCCAUACUUGGAAGGCUUAUUCAUUGAAGAUAUGGAGGGAUCUGAAAUGAUUUGGCGUGUGGAAGACAGAAUGGCAAGCGAAGAAGUGUGGGAUCAAAUCCAAAGGGCACAAAUCAUAGGUCAACCUAGAACGACGGACGAGGUAAUCAACAUGAUUACAAUUAACGGAGGAAUUAGCAAAGAUAUUGAAUUAACAAGGGCUGUGAUAGAUUAUGCAUUCAGCAAGGGGGUUUUGGGAGUGUCGGCGAUUGAAUUGAAGACGGCAUUUGCUGGCAAGACUGGGAACUGUUUACUGGAAUUUAUCGUAAAAACCCUCGUAGAUUGCAACAUAUUGCUAAGGUCGGGUAUAAAAUCGAUUUAUUUCGUUCAUCAUUCUUACAGGAGCAACUGGUUGGUGGAAUCGUUUGUUUCGUCAUACGAGUCGUCUAGUGAAGACACAAAGGAGAUGGAGAUAAAAACUAAAUUUUCGGAACGUUUACGUUUGAGGCUUUAUCCGUGGACGAGGGUCGACGGUACUUACAAUAAACCACUAUUCAAAGUUUGGAUAACCAACGUUCUUUCCUAUUGCGUGGAAUAUCCAAAAGUUACCAUGUCUUGCUUAUGUAGCAAAUUCAAUCUGUUCAAACCUGUUGAUAUUUUCUUCUUGUUGGAGAUUUUACAAUAUCUUCAUUGCGUUGAAAUAUUUAAGGUGCCAAAGUGCGAUAUCGACGCUUUCUCAAAUUGGAAUGUGCACGAUGAAUGUCGAGCGACGUUUUUGGAUGAUUUUGAAGAAAUGUUCGUUCAGCCGACCACUAUCGCAUUUGUGUCGCUUGGUUCGUUUUUCAAAUGUUUGUAGCACAGAUGUGAUUUAGCAUGUUAAGUUUAAAAAUUUUUAUUUUGUAAAUA